AGGCCAAUCAGCUCCCUGGCCGAACACGCUGAGCUACCGUGCCGCCUAUCCACUCAGCUACCGGGGCGGACAACUUUCAGGUCGGGCGCAUGGCGGCAGCGCACGCGGUGCUGCUGCGGUUGCUGGUGGCGUGGGCGCUGCUGGCGGCAGCUGCGGGGGCGGCGGCGGAAGACAGAGGGGGCGAUGGAGGCGGCGGCGGAGGCGGCGGCGGAGGCGGCGCGGACGCGGCGGAGGCGGAGGAGCGGUGGAGCGCGCCAGAGCAGGAGGCUCAGCGCCGCGGCUGGCUGCCGCUGGGGGCGGCCUACCAGCCGGGAGCCGGGCUGCCGCCGCAGCACAGGUUCGUCCCGGCAGUGAGCAGCCAGGAGGAGGCGCUCCUGAGGACGGCGCCGCUGCAGUUCCUGCCGCCACCGCCGCCUCCGCCCCCACGGCAGCAGCAGCAGCAGCAGCAGCUGCACGAGGAGGAAGAGGUGCAGCUGCUGUACGUGCCCGUGCAGACACUGCAGGAGCAUGGCCGCCUGCCCCAGCCCCCACAGACCCAGCCGCAGCCGCAGCAGCAGCAGCAGCAGCAGCAGAGGCUGCCGGACCCUCAGCAGCAACAGCUGUUCUCCAGGGGCCAGCAGCAGCCCGGGCCCAGGUUCAGACAGCCAGAGCUGCAGCAGCAGCAGCAGCAGCAGCAACAACAGCAGUACCUGAGGCCUCAGCAGCCGCCCCCCGCCCCCCAGCAGCAGUACGUUAGGCCCCAGCAGCCGGCCCCCCAGCAGCGACCACUCGAGACCCCGCAGAGACAGCAGUACUCGAGACCCCAGCAGGGGGCUGCCGGGCAGGUGCAAGCGGAGCCUCAGCAGCAGUACGUGAGGCCGCAGCAGGCCGGAUCCGGCCGGCAGCCGACCGACGGCCAACAGCAGUACGUCAGGUUCCAGCAAGGGAACGGCGGACAGCAGACCGCCGAGCCCCAACAACAGUACGUCAGGUCCCAACAGGCGGGGUCUGCGCGUCAGCAGGCAGACACCCAGCAACAGUACUCGAGGUCCCAGCACCCCGGAUCUGGACGACAGCAGGCAGACACCCAGCAACAGUACGUGAGGCCGCAGCAGCUGGGACUGAGGCAGCAGCAGACCGACCUCCAGCAGCAGUACGUCAAGUCCCAACUGGCGGGCUCCAAACACCAGCAGGCUGACUUCCAGCAGCAGCUCGUGAAGCCUCAGCAGGCGGUCUCUAGACAGCAGCAGCAGCAGCUCAACAGCCAGCAGCAGUUCCUGCAGACAGAGCAGCGACAGCAGGCGCACAGGUUCGAGCAAGCCCCACGCACGCGCCAAGAAGGUGGGGCGCAGCAGCGAGAGGAGGCCCGCUUCCGGCAGCAGGCCAGCAGUUCGACGACGACGACGACGACGACGAGCACGGCGAAGCCGGCGCCGCACCAGCCGCCGCUGUCGGUCUUCAUGGACGGCGCGGCGUCGGCGUCGUCGGGGCGCCACGACGUGCGGCUGGCGGACGUGGUGGCGGCGCUGCGGCACGCGCAGACCAUCGCCGUGCUGGAGGAGGCGGGCCCGCACGCGCCGCGCGUCUUCGUGGGGCCGUCGACGCUGAGCCCGCCCGACGGCUACGCCAAGUUCGAGCUGCCCUACCUGUCGGCCCUCGAGUCGAACCGCGUGGAGCGCAAAGUGGUGGACGAGCGGCCGCCCUUCUUCGUGGCGCCGCUGAGCUUCAAGCCGCCGCAGGGCUACUCCAAGAUCCCGUUCCCCGCGCCGCACGUCGGCUCCGUCGUGGUCGCCAACGAGCUGACCCCGGGCCGGGCGGACGCCGCGGGCGGCGAGGCGAAGCGCCAGCUGUCGCAGGGCUACAGCCUGCCCGCCGAACUGCCGCCCAUCAGCCCGCAGCUGCCGGCGCUCGUCAACUCGCUGGCGCAGCCCCAGCAGCGACCCCAGCAGCAGCAGCCUCAGCAGCAGCAGAGCAACGUGCUGCUGCUGCCCUCCAUCCCGCUGCGCGGCAGCGGCCCGGGCUCCCCUGCGGGUGGCAGACAGUUCGUCUCCACCACCGUCGCGCCUCUGCUCGACGUCCAGCCGGUGUUCCAACGGGGCAGGCUGCCCGCUGCCGACCAGUCGGGAGGUAGAUUCGUCCAGAAAUCCACGACCGUCUCGCCGCAACAGUACCGACCGCCACCGCAACAGCAAAAAGCCGGCCCGGCGCAGUCCUCCCAGCUGUCCGGCGAAGAAGUGGAGUACUCGGACGAGCUCGAGUACGAGGACGAGGAGGACGAAGCCGAGAAGGGGAGCCCCUACCAGCAGGCCGGCCAGGUCCGAGGGCAGAACCAGUUCUCGGUCGUGCAGACCAGCCCUUCGCCCGCGCCGCAGCAACCCGUCACCCGACCGCCGACGUUCGUGUCGACCCCGGAUCCGGCCGCAGUUUCCGCCAGGGUACCGUACCGGCAGCAGCAGAGGACGCAGUCGCGUGACAGCCAGUCGGAUGCGGACCGCGCCGUUAACGACGCGCAGCUCAGACAGCUCACUGCGCAAGGACAUUUCCCGGCUUCGGCCGUGACGAGCCAGCCGGUACAACAGCAGCCGUCCACCACCGUAACUGCGGCACCUGUUGCCCAACAGUACCAGACACCGAGAGACCAGUACGUCGUGCAGAGAGGCCGACAAGGCCAGAGACAGUCACAAAACGCGUAUCGGGGUAGUACUAACGACGAGUUCGCGAUCAGCACGCAACAGCCCCUCACGCAGUCUGGAGUCCAGCAGCAACAGUUCACCCAGGACGGACAGCAGUACCAGUCAGUAGAGGCGUACCAGUCCAGUGUGGGACUGGGGCCUGCGGCACCGUCGACGGCACGCCCUGCCGUCGCAUCUAGUCCGAGGCCUGCUGCCGCUAGAGGCCAGCCGCAGGCAGAAGAGGCGCCACUGUACCUCGUGCCACAGUCCGAUCGCCACUCCAGUCAGAUCUCCACUACGAGCCGCCCCGUCAGCUCGACAGGCCGUUCUUCUGGUCAGAGGGGUCGCUUCCAGACGAAUGACUUUCCCCAGUUUGUUGCCCCAGAAAACGAACAAUUCUCUGUUAGGGGGCAGGCGCAACAGGAGUCUACAACAAUAAAUGCCCAGCCACAAUUGCAGUCACUCCCUCCAGAAGACGAGCAACGCUAUUUCCCUCGAGACGAAGCAGCUCCUGAAACUGCUCGCUUCCCGAUUGCACAGACAUUCACUCAGGCAGGUGGCGUCAGAUCGAACGCACCCAACACAGCCGACGCUAACGUCGAUUCACAGUACUUUGUUCAAAAUGACCAGUUCGACACACAGAGAGGCCAACAGGUCUCUAGUGGCCGCUUCCCAGUAGAAUCUUCGUCACCUCAGCCCCAAUCGGUAGCACAGCCAUUGGGGGAACACUCUGCCAACUCUGGACUUGCGCAAGAGCAGCAGCUCUACAAGGACGACUAUAAUCGUCAGCAACAGCAAAGUGAUGUGCUGCAGCAGCAGCAGCAGCCAUACUUCUCAGUCAACGGAGGCAGUGUGCAGCCUCAGCAGACCUACGACAUCGGCGGACAAGGACUCCAACAGCCCCUGCUGACACAGCCGCAGCUACCGUUCGUUGCAGAAGAGCCAACAUCGACGACGACCACUUCGACAACCACGACGACGACGACAACAACGACACCUGCCCCCACAGCGGCCCCGUCCAGGAGAGGACAGUUCCGCACUCGCCAGAGGCAGAACACGGCCACUUACAACAAUGGCUUCGGCAGCACCCAGCAGCGGGAGUCAGCGACGACGACCACCACUACAUUCGCCCCACGAAGAACACAGUCGUCUCGUGGGCGCCGUCCAAACCACAGGGGACGCAACGGUUACCAAUCCACCACAACCACAACGUCGACGACGACUACCACGACAGAGUACCCCACAUACCUGUCUGGCAGUCAGCAGCCACAGCUCGACGCAUACUCAUCUCUGUCGCUGACACAGCAGCCAUCUCUGGUGGAUGCAUAUCAGCCACAAGGCUCCAGUUCGGCACAAGAGCUGCCACAGAAGCAACCACAGGGAGGUAUCCUGAACCCCCUGGACUUUGCACCUCCCCAGCCACAGGGUGGGGUUCAGGCAUCCCAAGGCAGCGACACCUUCUACAGUACAGGUGGGACAGGGGCGAGCCCAUCACCUCACCCCGAUGCACCAGUGGUUGGCGUACCUGCUAAUACCAUCAUCUAUCAGUCAGAGCGGCAGCAGUACUCUACACCGCGCUCUGCAUCUUCCGGCAGGAAUGGAGACAGAGGAGAAGAAACAAGCAAUUUUCAGCAGCAGAGACCUUCUACAUCUGACAGCUCUUCCAGAAGAGGGGGCUCGAAUCGAAACCAGCGCUUUCGGGGGCGAGGCAACAGCAGGUUCCAGGUGCAGCAAGGAGACUAUCAGGAAUUUUCUAGAACUUCAGAUACUCAGCGGCGUACGACAACGUCCAGGUCAGUGGAACCGGAAAAUGUGCCGAGCAGAGCUGUCGCCUCUGCAUCUGCUGGGGAAGACCGAUACUCGGGCGCCCCUGUUCAGUACCAAACUUCAACUGAGAGUAUCAUCAUCCCCACAGAACGUCCUGUAGCAACCUCUCCUUCAUUUGCUUACGAACCCAGCUCUGAAACUUCCAUCAGUCCAUCAGUAGGAAGCAGGCUGUCAGAGUACCAGCCAGCCGACACGUACCAGGGUACUGAGAAACAGACGUACUCACAACAGGACGGCCAGAGCUCGGCUUACCAGCCCCAAGAGCAGACGCCGUCCAGCCCCCUGUACUCUCCGUCGGGAUACAGCACCACAGAGUCUGCUACGUUGCAGCAGCAGCAGCAGGUGGCAGGGCAAGGCCAAGUGCAGUAUGACAACGUGAGCAGCCAGCAAGGCGUAGCACUUCCGUCUGUCGAGGAGCCACCAGCGGGGCAGGACCAGUUUCCCAAAUACUCAGCAGUGCAGAGGGGCAGGGGCAGACAGCAGCAGCAGCUGGACGCAUUCCCGUUGAUUUCCUACGACGACAACUCAGCCGGCGCGCAGCCGCAUCAGCCACCACUGUACAGUGACGCGGCGGAGGGCCAGUACGACCCGUACAGCCGAGCGCAGUUCGGCCAAGACGGCCCACUGCAGUACGACGCGACGAGCGCGGCAGAAGCCAGCUCGACCAGCACGACCACGACCACCACCACGACCACGACCACCACCACGACGACGCCUCCGGCACCUCUGUCGGAAGACGAUUUCCGGCCGACGCGCGUCAGGAGCCGAACUCGCGGUCGUACGCGUGGCAGGGCCCGCACGCAGACACCUGCGGAGCCCGAAAACUACCCCUCCGCGUUCCCGACGUACCAGCCGGAGGCGAGCCCCAGGACCACGUACCAGCCGCCGGUGGCCACCAGGCCGCCGACCACCACUACCACGCCCCCGCCCCCGCCCCCGCCGCCCCUCCCGGAGGACGACGAGGACGAGGACUACGGCUUCAUCCGGCCCAUCGAGACGAUCGGGCAGCCGUACCGCGCGGGCGCGGCGCACCAGCCGCUGGUGUCGGCCGGCAGGGCGGCGCUCUACCGGGACAGCGACGACGUGCCGAGGCAGCGGCCGCGCUCCAGGCAGCCGGGCCGGGGGGCGGCGCCGCGGCGCCAGACCACCACGACGGCGGCGCCGCAGCCGGACCGCGUCUACACCGUGCGCCCCACCAGGCGGCCCGUGCAGCCCGUCAAGAUCACCAGCGUCAGAGGCCGCAUCCGCCGCCCCACCACGCCGCCCUCCGGCCGUCACCUCACCACCACCGAGGACGCCGCCGACGCCUACGAGGCGCCCUCGUGGUCGGCGUCGCGCCGGCGCCCAGCGGGCUCGGCGGCGGCGGCGGCGUCUCCGGCUCCCAGCUUUGCCGCCGCGUCCUCGGCGGGAGACUCGCUGGCGCAGCGCGGCCGCCAGCCGCAGCAGUACCUGCAGGAAGAGGCGCAGGAUAAGCAGCAGCCGCCGCCGCAGCAGCCGCCGCAGCAGCUGCCGCCGCUGUCGGACGCGGUGGACGCGCCGCUGGACUACCAAGAGCACCAGCAGCAGCUGCUGGAGGCGGCCGCCUUCCGGCCGUCCGCACCCGACUACAGCCAGCCGCUGGCGGCCGUGGGCCGCGGCCGCGCCACCUUCGCCCAGGAGCUGGAGGACGGCGGCGCCGAGAGCCAGUGGGCGCCCAGCUUCCCCGUCAACGCGCUGCACCGCCCGCAGCUGCGCCCUCGGCAGCGCACCCGCCGCCCGCCGCACGCCGAGGACGAAGCGGGCGCGCCGCCUCCAGCCGCCCCCAGCACCACCACGGAGCCUCACUCCGGCGAGGGCAGCACGCGGACCCCUAGCGCGGACCCGCCGGCAAACGGCAGCACCGCGGGCUUGCAGGCGGCCGGCUCUAGUGCGCAGACCCAGGGUCACGCUGCCAACACGGAGGAGGUGCCGGCGCAGCAGAACGCAACGACGGCCACCCACGCGACAGCGGCGGAUGCCGAUGUCACACACACGUCCGCCUCUACGUCCACCCCCACAGCGACACCCACAACGCAGAGCACGGCAGCGAGCGCUGCCUCCACGCACAGGCGGGGCAACCGGCGAGGAGCUUGGGUGCGAGUGCGAGCGAAGAAACGACCUCAAGACAUUUUCGAGACGGCCGAGUCGCAGAAUGUGGCUACAGUUGCCAAUAUGAUUGCGGCAGUCAAAGAGAAGUCGCCGAAUCUUAACGUAAUUCUGAGCUCUGGCGAGAUCGUGACCAUCGCGGACGCUCCAGAUGCGAACACCAGACACAGUCCUGCGGUUAUUGUGACCGAACCGUCAUGGUACGACGAAGAAAGGCCGCUCGCAGAAGAGCCGGCAGAAGUUCCAGCUGGCGGUGAGACUCUGGCACCCGUCUACCUGUGGGAUGUCGCCGACACGUCGCAACCUGACGGACGUACUUCAACAGGAGAAGGUGCGUCUUCGUCAGAGCGUUUGGACGACAGUGCAGGGACAUCGGGAGCGGAGGUCGCUAGCGGCGAAGAAGUGACAGAGAGGCCCGCGUCAGUACUGCCGCCGCAGUCUUCGACGCAACCACCGCCGACGGACGCCACAGACGAGGCUGUCAGUACAGACGCGCCGGUGCCGACUGUUUCGCUAGGCGGAGCCUCGGGCGAGGAGAGUCACAAGGCAGACGACAGAGCUGUUGCGGAGACACGAGUACCGAGUGAGUCGACCGACGCGAGCGACUGGACCACAGAGACUCUGCCGUCCGAAGGUGCAACGACCGAGCAGUACACGACAAUAGAGUCGGAGGCGAAGGGCGCGAACACCACGGAAGGCGUCUGGAACCGCGGCGUGCCGCUGUCCAGCCUGGCGCUCACCGACCACAACCUGCGUGGAGUAUCUCUGGAGGACUUCCCGGCGGAGGAGGGGGAUCGGGAGAACGAAGUGCAGGAGGCGGCCGCGCCGCAGCCCGCCAAGGUCCUCCGGACCUCCACCAAGGUCUCGCACGAGACCGAGAUCUGCUACCGGGGGAGGUGCAUCAAGACGAGGACGGCGGAGCCGCAGGAGCGGCUCGUCAGGCGGUGAGCCGCCACCACGCCGCUGUGCGGCGCUCCUUGUCUCGAGACUGUGUGCGUGUGACCGAACGAGUGUUGUGUUGUGCCUCCAGUGCUGACUGUGUCCACACGUUAUUUAUAUACUACCUUUUUUCAACUGACUGAAUAUUUAAUUUGUAAAAAAAAUAUUUAAUUCUGAUUUUCAGAAUGAAUAAUUAUCAACAUUUGCUGUACUCGACCGUUAUUCGUACAAAGCACAUUCCACAAGUACAUUUGUACAAAGACGCGCCACCAGUCAUUUUUUACAAGUAAAUUGCUUGGCAGAGUAACUAAUAUGCUCAUGCUGCUUUUUAUUAUCAUCAUUGCAGUCACCUGUAACAAAUUGUAAUGUUGUAAAAAGUAAAUGAAAUACACGAGGUGAAGAAAUUUUA